CAAAAUCUCAAUUUUUUCUUCGAAAUAAUCUUUCCAUUUUCGGGAGAGAAACAAAGAGUGAUGAUAGAUAGAUCGAAAUCGAAUUCGAAGCCAAAAGCUCAAUCCGAUCUGCACAAAGUUGCGUUCCACAGAUCGGAGUAGACCGAUCGAUCGGUCGGUUAUUGCUGUUUGAGCGGCUGUGGGAUCGGUGGUGACGGUGGGAUAAGGUGAUCGGACGGUGGAGAAAAGAGGAUGCCGUCGCAGGGGGAUCUGGACCGUCAGAUCGAGCAUCUGAUGGAUUGUAAGCCGCUGCCGGAGGCUGAGGUGAAGACUUUGUGCGAUCAGGCUCGAGCGAUACUGGUGGAAGAGUGGAACGUGCAGCCGGUGAAGUGUCCGGUGACGGUGUGUGGAGAUAUCCACGGACAGUUCUAUGAUUUGGUCGAGCUGUUUAAGAUAGGAGGCAAUGCGCCUGAUACCAAUUACCUCUUCAUGGGCGAUUAUGUAGAUCGUGGGUACUACUCGGUGGAGACUGUUACACUCUUAGUGGCACUGAAAGUUCGUUAUAGAGAUAGAGUUACUAUUCUAAGAGGAAAUCAUGAAAGCCGGCAGAUAACUCAAGUGUAUGGUUUUUAUGAUGAAUGCUUGAGAAAAUAUGGAAAUGCAAAUGUCUGGAAGUAUUUCACCGACCUUUUUGAUUACUUACCCCUUACAGCCCUUAUUGAGAGUCAGGUAUUCUGUUUGCAUGGAGGACUUUCACCAUCUUUGGACACAUUAGAUAAUAUUCGAGCCUUGGACCGCAUACAGGAGGUUCCACAUGAAGGACCAAUGUGUGAUCUCUUGUGGUCUGAUCCUGAUGAUCGUUGCGGAUGGGGAAUAUCCCCUCGUGGUGCUGGAUAUACAUUUGGACAGGAUAUUGCUUCUCAAUUCAACCACACCAAUGGGCUCACUCUGAUUUCAAGAGCCCACCAGCUUGUCAUGGAAGGAUAUAAUUGGUGUCAGGAGAAGAAUGUUGUGACUGUUUUCAGUGCUCCAAAUUAUUGUUACCGUUGUGGUAACAUGGCUGCCAUUUUAGAGAUCGGAGAGAAUAUGGAACAGAAUUUUCUUCAGUUUGAUCCAGCACCCCGGCAAGUUGAGCCUGACACCACUCGCAAAACUCCUGAUUAUUUUUUAUGAUCGCCGUUCUUUUCUUUUUUCGGUUAGUUGUUUGUUAGUCUCUGUUUGAUGCUAUAUCUCCGUGGAUGUGUCUUGAAAAGGAGAAAGCUUUUUGUUGUUUAAGUUGAGGUUCAUCGACAACAUGAAUUCUUCAUUUGGAGUUUGUCCUGCUGCUGCUUUGUCAAUUGCUCAAGGAACUCGUAGCAGUACUGACAAAGGCCUCAAUCGCCUCUUGUCUUGUAUAUUUUUCAAAAGAAGCGGCAAUAACGUGUUAUAUCUUCUGUAAUUCUACAAUUUCAAGAUGGUAGAUUUUUGGAAUAGGUUAUUGUUGGACAUUUUUGUCCGACUCCCCUGGUUGGAAGCUAAUUUGAGUUGAAAUUGGCAUAAAGCAAGUAGUGCUUGAAAGUUGAAACAACUCCAGAUUUCCAAGAAAGCGAAUGAGGUGUCUACAGAAAAUUCUUUCUAUUUAUCUUGUCCAAAAUUUUAAUCGUGUACUGCAAGUUUCUCAGGAGUUGGCCAUACUUGGAAAUGGCUAGUCCUUCCAGGAAUCACUACAAUAAGAACUAUAAACCAUC